AUGUUGGCAAUACUCAAAGCAUUGCAUCUCUCAAAACACGAAAUCCGUCUGAUCCAACCGAGUACCGCCGAGGACAACGAUUGGUCCAAACGUUUGAUUGAAACGACGUCGGAUACUCAUGGUCAUGCGUAUCUGCAGCAUCUAAGGACAAUUUACGAUGAGUGGUUAUCGGCUGGCCUAAUCGAGAGUGACGGCCAUGUGCUCCCCGAAUGUUUUACUUUUCCGACUGCAACAGGAAAGCCGCUGCGAGCCCCAAAAGAUGCAUUUGCUAGAGCAGGGUACUAUGCUUUUGACAUGAGCUCCGGUAUCAUGUCGCAAAGUUACCAAGCGAUUGUCGCGUCCGCUAAUCUUGCCUGGGAAGGGGCUGACAUGCUUGUUGGAUUUGCAAGUGGUCAAGUGACCGAACCCGACACCGUCUUUGCGCUGUGCCGGCCACCCGGACACCACUGCGAUGGCCAGAGAGUCGGAGGGUAUUGCUAUAUCAAUAAUGCAGCACUCGCAGUCAGUACUUGGCGGUCUACGUAUCCCAAUUCGAGCAUUGGCAUUCUAGAUAUCGACUUUCAUCACGGGAACGGAACUCAGGAAAUCUUCUAUGACGACCCCAAAGUGUUAUACGUGAGCAUCCACGGAGAAGACGAAUAUCCAUACUAUACUGGAGCGGAGGAUGAAAUCGGCGCUGGUAAAGGUGAGGGCUUCAAUGUCAACCUCCCACUGAAAGUGGGUAGUUCCAUUGAGAACUACCUGGCGAAGCUUGACACUGGUCUCAAACGAUUGGCCGAGUACAAGCUUGAGUUUCUGGUGGUAAGCCUCGGUUUCGAUACUUUCCACAGCGACCCUCUCGGGUCGUUUCAGAUUCAUACUGAGGACUAUGCAACUAUUGCGGCAAGGACGAGGGAGUCUCUGUACGGCAUACCGGCUUUGAUUUUGUUGGAGGGUGGUUAUGUGAUAGAUAGUUUGGGGGCGAAUGUCUUGUCGUUUCUGGAUGGGUGGAAGUCUGCUUCCGGAGCUUGA